AUGACGGUGGACUUUCGAUGGUGCAUGGCGAUGCAAAGCUACGGUGGGGCAGGCGGGAACAUGUGUACUGUCAGCGCCAACACCGGUAUCCUUGCCGUAGCUAUGGGUAGCUUCGUCGACCUGUAUCUUUUGCAGGACAUGGAAGAAAGUUCGAUCCAUCCUGAUGGCACCAUCUCGAGCAGCAGCGACGUGCAUAUCCCAUUUGCCGCGCAAGUGUGUCUGCGCACGCACCUAUGGAAUUCUUUGUCGAACGAAACAGACAAUGUCGUGGCCACAUGCGUGCACUUCGUCGACAACACGCUGCUUGUGGGUACGUUGACGACACGUCGCGUGGGCUCGCAAAUCGAAAGGACGGCAUCUAUCCAGGGGUUCCGUGUCUUUGGCGGGACGACUUCCGUGGUCACGCAUCACGCAUUCAGCCGACUAUGGAAGGGUGGAUUCACAAAGAUCGUUGCAUUCGAGUCAAUGGGAGGUACUAGUACGGGAGUGUUCGUUCUCGCAGCAGGUCAGUCGACAACAACCUCCGUCGAUGCCAUAACGUGGACUGACCGAUGCGUCUCCAUCCAUCACCACGCGAUAACGUCAGCGCACGAGUCCAUUGCGGCGAUAGCAUUUCAAGCGACAAACGAGGGUGGUGGCAUCGGGUGGUUAGCCGUCGCCCAUGCCGCUGGACUUGCCAUCUACGGCAUCCACAAUCUUCACGGCUCGUCGUUGAAGUCCGAUUCGGUCAUCGCAACAACAUUGACGAGUACCAUCCAUCGAGGUGUACCGUUGACAGCGUUGGCAUGGCAAGGCAGGACGUCCCUCUGCGCGGGCGCGGCCGAUGGCGCGACCCUGGUGUAUCAAGUGAUGACGUUGCCCCGUCCGGCCUUGAUAACGUCAUCAUCACCAAUCCCGAGUGUCCACCUCCGUCACGUGUAUCCAGCUCGAUUUGCACCCCCCGAGCCCCAUGAAGGGGGUGCUAUCGCAUCAAACAUGUCCAUCACGCCAGCCUUCAAAGGCCACCGCUUCCUCCAUCUUUCGGCGUCGCAGUUACUUGCUUGGUACGAGGACGACUUGUAUGCAUCGUUUGUCGUGUGGCCGACAGAUCCAUGGCCGUUGGUUGAACACGCCAUAGCGUUGUUGAUGCCGUCGUCAUCAGCAUCAUCGCCACAGCACGGCUGGGCGAUGACAGAACAGUGUCGGGGGAUGGCAUCAGUACCCAUGGCGUUGCUGCCACGGUGGAUAUUCGACAGACAUGACCUUUCUGAAUAUGUGGAUCCACAUGGACAUGUGGUCGUACUUCUCACGACGCAAGCGUUGCGACUGGGGAUGGUCAUGCAUCAUCACCCAGAUACUGUCCACCUGGAACAAUCCCAGCUGCAAGCAUUCAUACCACAAGAUGAGGUGAUCAAUCAUGCACGGGAAGCCACCACUGACGUACCGACGAGCGUUGUGGACGAGCCAAACACUGUGCAAAACCGAUAUGCGUUGCCGUCGCCCCUUCCGGUAGUAUCCCCUUGCAACGACCCACAGACAUGGACAAAGCAAGCAUACCGGCAGCGACUGGAUCACCUCCAUACUCGCGUGGACUCUAUGGGCCACACGAUUCGAAGUCUUCGCUCGUCGUUUCAGUUGUUUACGAACGACGUCAACAACCACAUGACAGCCAUUACAAUCGCAUUGCACCAAGUCUUGGCCCUCCACGACGAAAGCGACGAGGUCGUUGCCCCCCCUCAUUCCAAUGACAACCAGGUUUACUGUAAUGGAACUGAAAAAUGAGUACUACUACUACGUAGUAAGUACUACGUAGUACAGUACCUCAUUUCUACUUCGACG